CGAAAGGUUAGCAGAUGUGACGUAGGUUCCUGUAACCCUUCCGUUCCCAGCAUUCCAAAGUGUGAGCGGCCAAAAGAUGGCGGACCGGGGGUACAGCUUCUCCCUCACCACGUUCAGUCCUUCGGGCAAACUCGUCCAGAUUGAAUAUGCCUUGGCAGCUGUAGCUGCAGGAGCUCCAGCAGUUGGAAUCAAAGCUUCCAAUGGUGUUGUUUUGGCAACGGAGAAGAAACAGAAAUCCAUUCUUUAUGAUGAGCAGAGUGUACACAAAGUGGAACCAAUCACAAAACACAUAGGAAUGGUGUAUAGUGGAAUGGGCCCUGACUACAGGGUGUUGAUUCGCCGAGCCCGAAAGUUGGCACAGCAGUACUACCUUGUGUAUCAAGAACCCAUCCCUACAGCCCAGCUUGUACAGAGAGUAGCCUCUGUCAUGCAGGAAUAUACACAAUCUGGUGGUGUUCGUCCGUUUGGCGUCUCACUGCUGAUUGCUGGCUGGGAUGAGGGCCGACCGUAUUUGUUCCAAUCAGAUCCAUCUGGUGCUUAUUUUGCAUGGAAAGCAACAGCCAUGGGGAAGAAUUACGUAAAUGGGAAAACUUUUCUUGAAAAGAGGUACAAUGAAGAUCUAGAACUUGAAGAUGCCAUUCAUACAGCAAUCUUAACACUAAAGGAAAGCUUUGAAGGCCAGAUGACAGAAGACAAUAUAGAGGUUGGAAUUUGUGAUGAAGCAGGAUUUCGAAGACUCACUCCAGCAGAAGUCAAAGACUAUUUAGCUACCAUAGUCUAACAUUUAUUCAACUGAUUUUUUUUUUAAUAUGAAAGAAAUAUUGGUCAACUUCUGAUUAUAAUUUGAAAACCUUUUUAUUCCAUUCUUUAGUUUUGGCAAUGGUUAAACAGUCAAUACAAUGUAAAACUAUGUUGCACAAGUACAUCUGAUAAAUCUUGUCUUAGAAAUGAAAACAAAUUUGUGAAGCUCUUGUCAUUUAAUUUUUUCACAUGAUGUCAAUGAAGCAAUUUAUAUCUUUUUAAUGUCUGUAUUUCCCACAAUUGCACAAUUUUUCUAUCUUAAUGCAGCUGCUGCUUUUAAUUGCAUAUCUGCUGGCACAUUCUUUCUCAUCAUGGAAUAAAACAUGUGAAAGGGGAAAGAAAAGUGCCAUAUGAUAUUUAUACUCUGUAGUUACCCACCCAUGAAAGGGUUUGUUAAUCAGUUUAACUGAAGUCACUUCUGCACUGCACCUGUCAGGGUAGUGAGUGGAAGAGGGAGAAUUCCUAGGAGUCUUGUUUGAUGCUUGUACAUUUUGAAUUGUUUUUCUGGUUCUGCACACCUAUAGUUAGGUUAAAAAGUACAGCAUAAAACGUACCAUUACACCCAACUGGGUGCAUGAUAAUGAUUAAAUUUUGCAGUUUUUGUAUGCACUUUGUCAUACUUGCAGUUCCUUGGCAUUUUUAAACUAUGUUAAUUCCCUUUUCCAUAUUCCUGGGUUGGAAGCAAGUUCAGUUUUGCUUGGCUUCCUUUGGAAAACAUUUCAAGCCUCCCAAUUGUCACUCUUUUAAUUUGUCCUUGGUGUACAAGUGUCAUUUUGAAUUUAGGGGUUCCCAAUAUAUUCAUUCUGCCGUUAAAUAUAACCAUACACAAAUUGUGUUACAAGGUCAGAGUUUAUUUGUCUUUAUUCAUCUGCCUUAAAUAUGCAUUCUUUUACUUGAAUAGCUUUGACAAACUCUCACUGAUGAAAGUUAACAAUGGUCAGUAAUCAGCCAGCAACUUUUUAUGAAUGCCAAAAAUUGGUCAUUCACCAAAUGCACAUUUCAUGUUCAAUAUGAAAUACUUUAGUUAUUGCUUCAUUGUGGUGCUGACAAUGUGGUAUAUAACUGACACACCAAAAUCAGCAUCCCUUUCGAUGGAUUUGUAAGAUUACAUGAUGCUAUUUGAAGAAUAGGGUGUUCUCUACAAUUUCUUGGUUUAUUACAUCCCUUAACCAUCACAAUUUUUAAAAAGUUAAUUGUGGAACUCUCCUGUGUAUAAAUUGGCUGUUGGGUUCUCCAUUUUACAAUCAAAAUACACUUCUACAGUACUUCAUUGCCUGUAAAUCCUUUGAAAAGUCCUGUGGUAAUGAAUGGCACUGUAUAAAAGCAGGUUCUUUAAUUAAUAUUAAACUAGAUUAUAAUUUUUGAUCAAGCAGAUUGAUACGUGGGACCUGAGAUGAAUAAGGGUACAUUUCAAUGAGUAUUAUUUGUAAUGAAAAUCAAGUAAAACUAAAGUUAAACCACCUGAAUAUGUCAAUUUUUCUCAAUCCAGAAGGACCCUUAUUUCCAAUCUGAAUCUGCAUCUCAAGAUCUCCAGCUGUAUAAUCUCUGCCAGGUGUUGCUCCCUUCCCAAACCACCUUUCAAAUCCAUACAAAGUAAAUUAGCAUUUUUUUGGGAAUGUGUGCAUUUUGAGAGACAAAAGAUGCUUAAUAACCACUGCUCGAGCAAUUGUGACCCAGUUUUAGUAAAAUUGUGAACUUGUGGAGACCAUAAGAUGGGGAGGAGUCUGAGACAAACAGAGUUGAAGAGAAAUAGACAUUUCAGAGGAAGAGAGAAUCUAUUUAAAAUAAACACUGCAAUCAUGUGGGAGACCAACUAAUAAGUAAAUACUAUAAGUGGCACAGACCCAUGCAGAGUCCUGAUUAGAAUUCUACUCGGCAGAUUUAUUGUUACUUCAUUUAUUUGAGUUUACACUUUAUUUGUACAAUACAGUAAAUUUGAGCUACUUAUAUCCCAGUCAAUGCCACUUCCUGUGGAAUGAAGUAGGUAGUCUUAUUAAAUUGUAAUGCACUGCUGAUUUUGAGUGGCUUGAUUUGUCUUGUAGAGCUCACCAGAGGUUCUGAUGUCAUCCUUACAAUUUUCCCUGCAAUGUUUCAGUGUUUAACCUGUUGUGAGAAAAAUAUUUGAACUUUAUGCUUUUGAUACCAUUUGCUAAUGAUUCACUAGCCAGUUUUGCUAAUUAUCCACUCAAACCCAUUCAAAGUUUUGAACUGUUAAAAUGUCCAUUUACCAUCACUGCUGUAAUGAACAUGACCUCUCUUUUUCAAACUUGUGAACAGUCUGUUGUGACUCACUUGAACUAGUGCGCUGUGUGUUGUGCUAUAUAAAUUAUUUUGUGAUAUGUCCAUUUCGUUAAUGUACUUGCCCCUACAUUGUCACUCUUUUCUGAUAGCACAACAUUACAAACAAUAUCUGGAAAUUCCGUGUGCUGGUAGGAUCAUUUGUUCCCCCAGAGGUGUCUGGGUAUUGAUAAGGAUGUGUGGAGAUGACUGGUGAUCCACUGUCCUUCUAAAACCAUAUCCAAUGUAUUACACCCCAUAUGUCAGUUAUUAAAAAAAAAUUGCAUAUCU